UCGAGCUGGCGAAGGCGGCCAAACGCGAACAUCGAGCGGCAAUAGUCGGCGCGGCCAUCCAGCAAACUAGUUUAAAGCACCAUAAAAAGCCCCCAAAAAGCCAACAACGUCGACGGAGAGCAGACGCGACUGGCGCCGGGGCCCCAACAAUAAAGUUUGCGGCGAGUGUGUAACUAUUUUCAGUGCAAACAAAAAACAAAUAGUUCAUAAAACGACGGAUAAUCUCUAUACAGAGUGCAACUGCAGUGCGGAGCAUGCCCUGAAUUGUGAGUUUUUAUUCGCCCACAAAAUGCCGUAAAAUUUGGAGUGGUCCCGAAACGACAGAAUCGUUAGACCCUAAAAACGGGAAAACAACAGGCACAAGGAAGCUAUAAAAAGGAUUCCCAAAAUGAAUCGAUUUACAUGGAGCUGGUUACUGGUGGCCCUGAUCUCCCUGGCCAGGAGCUCUCCUGUUCCCAGUCGUCAGUACAGCUGCAUGAGCUUCAUGGAGAAUGAUAACUCCCUGCACGACGAUGACUCCGAGCAAGAUACCAGCGGGGAGCUGCUGGAGCAGCAGAUCGAGCCCAGUGCCAUUCCCAACGAGCCGCACAGGCGUAGCUGCUCCGAGGGGUACACCUUUUGCUUUACACUCUGGAAUCAGACUCUGAAUGGAACAAGAGUAGUCAAGCAGGGCUGCUGGAAGGACAACACCGAUCGAAACUCCAUUUGCAGCCAGUCGGAGUGCACCAGCUCGGCACCCACUUCGAGGACCAACUCCCUGUAUUAUUGCUGCUGUUCGGGAGAUGUGUGCAAUGACCAGUUUGCUGUGGUGGAGCCUGCACCCCUGGAGCUGGGCUCUAAUGAUGUCCGCUCACCGCUCAGCAAUCUGGCGACGAGCAAGCAGCAGCAGUCCUUUCUGGCCAGCACAAUGCUGGGCGUUGCCGGAGGACUCACUGCCAUCUUGAUUGGCAUCAUUCUGGCCAUACAGUAUUGUCGGGGGCCCAAGGAGAAGCCAGAACCCGAGGAAUCCCCGCUGGCACCGUCGGGACCAGGCUACAGCUCCAAUCUGCGGAACGUGGACAACAUGAAUCUGAUUGGCAUGCUGGGCAGCGGGAAGUAUGGAACGGUAAUGAAGGGUCUGCUGCACGACCAGGAGGUGGCUGUGAAGAUCUACCCAGAGGAGCAUCAUCAGUACUAUGUGAACGAGAGGAACAUCUAUGCCCUGCCGCUGAUGGAUUGUCCAGCUUUGCUGAGUUACUUUGGCUACGAUGAGCGCUGCACCAUGGAUGGACGCAUGGAGUACCAGCUGGUGCUGUCGCUGGCGCCACUGGGUUGCCUUCAGGACUGGCUGAUAGCCAACACCCUGGACUUUUCGCAAUGCUGCGGCAUGCUGCGCUCCAUCACGCGUGGCAUCUCUCACCUGCACACGGAACUGCGGCUGGGGGAUCAGCACAAGCCCUGCGUAGCCCAUCGGGACAUCAACACGAGGAACGUACUCGUCCAGGCCGAUCUCUCGUGUUGCAUUGCGGACUUUGGCUUCGCGCUGAAAGUUUUUGGCUCCAAGUAUGAGUACAAGGGCGAGGUGGCCAUGGCAGAGACGAAGAGCAUCAAUGAGGUGGGAACGCUGCGCUACAUGGCCCCAGAGCUGCUGGAGGGAGCCGUCAAUCUGCGCGACUGCGAGACGUCCCUCAAGCAAAUGGAUGUCUAUGCCCUCGGACUCGUUUUAUGGGAGGUGUCCACUCGCUGCGCAGACUUUUAUGCCGCUGGACAGAUGACGCCGCCCUACAAGGCACCAUACGAACAGGAGGUGGGCUCCCAUCCCAGCUUUGACCAGAUGCAGGCGCUGGUGGUGCGUCACAAGGCUCGGCCGCUCUUUCCCGCCGGCUGGGGUGGCGGUGCAGCAGCCAAGGUGGUGCGGGACACCUGUGAGGAUUGCUGGGACCACGAUGCGGAUGCCAGGCUGACGUCCCUGUGCGCUGAAGAGCGGAUGCAGGAGAUGUCAGGGCUGAAGCCACGUCUGCAGGUGCAGCCUGCCAGUCCGCUGCUGAACACCAACAACCUGGCAUCGCCCACAUCCCUGGAGCAGAUGAAUCUGACCACGACAACAACGACAACGGCGGCUGCAGUGCACCAUCAGAUGAGUUCGGACACAGCCGGACUACUGCAGCCGCCGCCCAACCAGCAGCUGCCAACGGAGAAGAAUCAUUUGAGCUACACGCAGCAGCAGCUGCAGCCGUACCAGGGUAGGAAUCCUUGCCAGGAGAGGAACCUGGCGCCACUGCCACUGCGACCACCGCCGGUGCUCGUUGAACGAAGCAAGAAGCACAGCUUCCAGACACAGCCACAGGAGAACAGUCUGUCCUGCCUGGAGCACGAUGUUGGUGUCGAGGAGCUGCUGCCACCAAACGGCGGAGGAGUCGCACCCGCCCAUCACCUUCACAAUCACCAGAAGAACACCAACACGAACUCCAGCCUGGGGCAGGGAUUCCCCAAGCAGCAGAACACGGACCACAAGCUACGCGGCUGGCACGGAGUCCGCGCGCUCAUCCACAAGAAGCUCUUCCGCAAGGAGCACGCAGAGGAGUUGUGCCGCCAAUUGCAGCUGGGAGAGGAGAAGUCAAACCUGGUGGCGGCACUCAAAGCUGGGAGCGGCAUGCGUCGACCCAACAAUCUCGAUCUGAGCCCCCGCCAGCCGCUGGACAACAAGCCGCUGCCCGUGCAGCUGCGAAGUGCAGAGCAGCGGAGUGGCACUCCCGCCCAUAUAGUGCCCCGAUCUCUGUCCAGCAGCCUCAUCAAGCACAUCAACAGCAACAGUGGCAGCAGCAACAUCACCACAGCCACCACGAACAACAACUGCAUCCUGAGCCAUGGCAACGAACUGCAGACGCUGACGCGACCCUCCUCCAAGCGUCGUCCGGGACAUCUGCGCACAAACUCCCUGCUGGUGACGAGCCAGAGCCAUGGCCAGGGCCAGGGUCUGCCCACGGAGCAACAGAUGCGCCGUCAGCAUAGUCUGGAAGUGUUCCGUGAGGUCUUCAGCGGUCGUGGGAGCAGCGAGCGACUCAGGGAUCCCGCGGAGCGUGUGAAGACCCCGGGGGAUGUGCCACCAUCGGUGCGCAAGGCCAGGGCCAGCAAGACUCUGAGUCUGUACGAUGAUCGGAUGAUGGACUCGUCGCUGCUGAACAUACUCUAGCAUGAGGAGGUUCUGCUGCUGGAACUGUAAGGAGCUCCAGCAGCAGAACACGGACGAAACGGAGGGCAGAAUCAUAUCUCAUCCUCUCAUCGAACACACACACACAUAUUCAACGAUAGCCAUAGUCGCAGGAGACUCGACUCAAACCGCUUCCUGGGAAAGAUGUCUUCUGAACAAAACAGAUGAAACAUUUAUUUUUUCACCAUAGUUAGUGGAGCAGCUCCACCCGAGGACCUGUAUUGUAUAUCUAGAUGUAUUUUUUCACCAAUCAUCCUAGCGAGUAGUGCGGCAAACAACCAAAGUCCUUAUAGGUUAGAUCUGAUUAGAAAUGGUAACACGGAUAGGAGUGCAUCACAGUAUAUAAAGGAUGGAGGCUCUAAAUGCGCUCUCCUCCCUCAAUGAUAUAUAUUUUUGACUUGAAAGUACGUGAAACAGGUAGUAGUUUGUAUAGAGGUUUUCACUGCGAGACUGUACUUGCUGGAGAGACAGAAUUGGGGGCUUAGUCGGACGGACCACUUUUAUAGAGCCAUAUACACUUAACAAUCCCAAAUGGAAUACAUCUAUAAUUAUAUGUAAAACAUUGUAACUGAAUAUUUAGUCAUCACACUAUACUAUACGCGUGUGUAUGCUGGGUUCUACACCAGGGUUGUCACACCACCUCCAUGCAAAUUCCUAUAACAAAUUAGAACAAACAAAUACUCGAAGAAAUUUAUAUAAUCAAACCAAAACAACCCAAACACUGAGAGGCAGAGAGACAACCCUUGGGUAAACCCACACAGCAAAUUAAAGAUUUUGUCGAGUAUUAUGCGUUAUGCGGCAUCGCCCCUCUGUUGGAACUAUUCUCUUUACAUUUUUUUUGGCAAACACUAGCCUACCAUUUGGAUGUAUUUUUCAUGGAAUGAAUUUCCUUAGUAAUUAGACCAAAACACCCGCAGCCUUUCAAUCACAUAGAAUGCAAGAUCUAGUUAUAUGAUUUACACUAAUUCUAAU